AUGUCUGUCAGUAACCUCGACUGUAUCGACUGUAGAAUCAGCGGUUUGAAAGAGACAGCACUGCACAGCACCGCGCGUCUUCACCAACGAAUGAAGAAACCAAUCCCCGGUCUUCUCUUUUCAGACGCCUCUUACAUCUUUGGCCAAAUGUUGUAUUUCGUCUUAACAGCACCUAUGCUGCUAGCGCGCCAUUUUAUGUGUGCUUUCACGAUUCCAUGGCUUUUGUCCUCCAUGCUUCUACUCAUGCCCUAUAUAUCAGGUGAGCAUACUGAGAUGGAGCGUAGAGGUAUUCCUAACUUACAGCCAGUGCCACCGGAAGUGUAUGGUGAAGGGUAUCCAUACGCUCCGGAAAACUGGCCGGAAACGGGUGAUAUUUGGAGGUGGAGAACUGGACGGAGAAUUGUCCGGAAGGGUAUGUACUUUCAGGAUCGUUAUCUAUAUCUGCCAGAUCGGCUACUCCGCGCGUUGAAGGAGGAGAAGAAGCAGUCAGAGUCAGCACAGUCCUCGAGCAAGACCCGCCAGAAAUACAUCUUUGCGAGCAAAGUGGCGUUUAAAAAUUACAUAAAAACAUAUUUCCCUGGGACGGAUCCUGAGGCCGUUUUCUCUACCUUCUACUGGAAGAUUCCGGCUUUACCACCAGGUUACGUGAACGAAGUGGCUAUACCUGCUAUACCUCUUCGUCAGAUACCACCUCAAGCAUUGCCUGCACCUGCUAUACCUCUCCUUCAGAUAGCACACGAAGCAUACAACUCAAACGGUGACAACGCGAUUAUGGAGGCUAUAAUUAUGUCAAUUGGAGAAAAGAUAGGGUUAGACGCUGAAUACCACUGGAGACGCUGUAUUGGUAGAACUGACAUGAUAUCUCAUGUUUAUAAUCUUCUUCAAACAUGGAGACAGGUUGCAAAUGAACUGCUAGCUCGAAUUGAUACGGCCCUUUACUGUGGAACUAAUCUUGAAGACAUCUCGAAGGAGGAUGACAGCGUCAUGGCUCAAUCUGUUGACAAUGGCAAUGAUAAGAAGGAAAACACUGGUGGAAAUGUUGAAGCUAAUGAUCCUUUACCCCAAUUGUUAACCGUAGAGGUUGAGGUGAACCAAGUUAUUGAGAAUUUUAAUUCUCGUGGGCGUGAAUGCAGGGUAAUUGUGGAGAGGCUUCAUCUCCAAGAUCUUAGAAAUAGAGGCACAGAUAAGAAGAGGGUGGGAUAG